AUGGCACCUCCCGCGGACCGCGAUAUCCUGCCCGAUACCAUAAAGCCACUCAACUAUGACCUGUCCCUCUACAAUCUCGAGUUUGGUGGGGACUGGAGCUACGAUGGCAUUGUCAAGGUUGACUCAAAAGUCAACCAGGAAACACAAGAGUUGGUUAUCAAUGUCAAAGAGCUAGAGAUUAAAAAUGCAGAAGUCCUUAGCAAAGAUGGUGGCUCUACUGUCACAUCAAUGGCCGAUGUAUCGUAUGACAAGAAGAGUGAGCGAGCGACAAUCAAAUUCUCAGAGAAAAUACCAUCUGGUGACGCUGUGUUUGCCAUUACAUUCAAGGGAAUCAUGAACAAUGCGAUGGAAGGCUUUUACCGGUCCAAAUACAAGCCUGCUGUCACUCCAGCUGCGGGCACUCCAACAGAUGGAGAGCACCACUACAUGUUCAGCACUCAAUUUGAAGCUUGUGCUGCUCGAAGGGCAUUCCCAUGCUUUGACGAACCAAAUUUGAAAGCAUCUUUCGAGUUUGAGGUCGAAAUCCCAGAGGACCUCGUCGCUCUCAGCAACAUGCCAGAAAAAUCCACCAACAAGGGAAGCAAGCAGGGUUUGAAAAAGGUAGCAUUUGAGAAGACGCCGGCUAUGAGUACAUACCUGGCGGCGUGGGCUAUUGGGGAUUUUGAAUAUGUCGAAGGCUUUACCGAACGCAAGUACAACGGCAAGCCCCUGCCGGUCAGAGUCUAUACCACUCGGGGGCUUAAAGAGCAAGGUCGCUUUGCGAUGGAACACGCCCACAAGACCCUCGACUACUUUUCCGACGUGUUCGGCAUUGAGUACCCCCUUCCUAAGUCAGAUCUGCUAGCGGUCCAUGAAUUCGCGAUGGGUGCCAUGGAGAAUUGGGGAUUGGUCACUUAUCGAACGACGGCUGUUCUAUACGACGAAGAGAAGUCAGAUGCCCGUUUCAAAAACAGAGUUGCCUACGUUGUUGCUCACGAACUAGCACAUCAGUGGUUCGGUAACCUGGUCACCAUGGAUUGGUGGAACGAGUUGUGGCUGAAUGAAGGGUUUGCCACCUGGGUUGGCUGGCUAGCUGUCGACCACCUUCACCCUGAGUGGAAAGUCUGGAGUCAGUUUGUGGCUGAAGCUGUCCAAACAGCUCUCGAACUCGACUCCUUACGUGCAUCUCACCCUAUCGAAGUCCCAGUCCGCAAUGCUCUCGAGGUAGAUCAGAUCUUUGACCACAUUUCGUAUCUCAAAGGGAGCUCUGUUAUCAGAAUGUUGAGCAACUACCUCGGCCAAGACAUCUUUUUGAAAGGUGUGGGUGACUAUCUCAAGAUCCAUGCUUACGGAAAUGCGAAAACCAACGACCUCUGGGCUGCCCUCAGUGCGGCCUCUGGGCAGGAUGUCCAAGCUUUCAUGGAUCCUUGGAUCCGCAAGAUUGGGUUUCCGGUGGUUACAGUAGCAGAAGAACCUGGCCAGAUAUCCAUCCGUCAAUCAAGGUUCCUGACCACCGGCGACGUCAAGGCCGAAGAAGACGAAACCACGUGGUGGAUUCCGGUUGGUCUUAAAACCGGUACUCCUGUCAAGAUUGUCCACAGUGCUUUGACUCGGAAGCAGGACACUGUUCGCGAGGUGGAUGAUGCGUUUUACAAAAUCAAUGCCGACCAGAGCGGCUUUUAUCGCACGAAUUACCCACCUCAACGGCUUAUCAAGCUCGGUGAAGCUCAUGAUCAGCUCUCGAUCGAAGACAAGAUUGGUCUGAUGGGUGAUGCCACUGCCUUGGCAGUUUCUGGGAACGGUACAACAGCUGCUCUUUUGUCUCUUCUUGAAGGCUUCAAGGGGGAAAAGAGCUUCUUGGUGUGGCAACAGAUUGCUAGCUCACUGUUGAAGGUGCGACAAGUAUUUGCAUCAAACAAGGAAAUUUCUGCAGCACUGAAGAAGUUCACCCUCAAAUUGGUCUCCCCAGCAGCAGAGGCAAUAGGCUGGGACUACCCUGAGGGUGAGGACUGGCUGACCGGUCAAUCGAGAAAACUCCUCCUCGCCACCGCUGCCGGCGCCGGCCACCAGGACAUCAUCUCUGAAGGACAAAAGAAAUUUGCAGCCUGGAAAUCCGGCGAUGAAAAGGCCAUUCAUCAAAACCUUCGAGGUGUGAUAUUCAACCUGGCGGUGGCAAAUGGCGGACAAGCAGAGUAUGACACCAUCAAGCAGGAAUUCAUCAAAACUACCAGUGUUGAUGGAAAGGAGAUCUGCAUUCAAGCGCUUGGCCGCUCAAAGAAAUCCGAACAUGCAUGGGACUUGCUAGAUUUUGUUACGUCGGAACAAGUCCCUCCACAGGACGCGCACGGAGGUAUCAUCGCUGUCUCCAAUAACAACGAAACCCGGGAUGUUGCUUGGGAGUAUACGAAGAAGAACUGGGCUCGCGUCUACAAACGAUUGGGAGUAACCAGUGUCAUUAUUGACAGAUGGGUCAAAUCGGGCCUGCCCAAGUACUCGGAUCUCAAGAUCAGGGAUGAUAUCGAACAAUUCUUCAAGGACAAGGAAACGGGGCAAUUCAGCAGGAGUUUGGUCAUCGUGCAUGAUACCAUAACAGGGAAUGCCGGAUACAAGGAUCGUGAUGAGGCGGAGUUGUUGGAGUGGUUGAAGGCACAUGGAUAUGCAUCGUAG